AUGAAGAAAAUUAGUCUCAAGACCAUUCGUAAGUCUUUUAAUUUAAAUAAGAGCAAAGAUGAAAGUGACUUCGUUGUAGUUGCACAGCCAUCGUUAAAUGAUUUUGGAAAAGAUGACUCCUUGUUUGGUAGCUGUUAUGGUAAAGAUUUGCCGAGUUGUGACAUCAACAGUGAAGAUGAGAAAGGUGGAAAAAACAGAUCGAAGAGUGAAAGCUUAAUGGGUACGUUGAAAAGGCGGCUUUCAGCAAAACAAAAGCAGAAAGGCGGCAAAGGUAGCACGCCAUCUGUUAGCUCUGCUGAUGAUGACACCUUCUCUUCUUCUUCUGCUCCAAUAACCUUCAAAGAUGUGAGAGCUCAGAGACCUCUUAGAUCUACAUCCCUCCGAAAUCACCAUUAUAGCCCAACUCCAUGGCCGCUUCGUCCAACAAACUCAGAAGAAACAUGUAUAAAAAUGGAAGUGAAAGUAAAGGCCUUGGUCCACUCCUCAAAUCCAAGCCCUGCACUGAAUGGUGUUCGCAAAGAUUUCCAUGACUUGCAGUCCGACAGUGUGUUCCAGGAACAAAACAAUGCAUUGAAAAGUACAGAAUCUCAGAAUGGAGAUUUGCAUCUCCAUAUUGAUGAACAUGUGCCUGUAGUUAUUGGACUUAUGCCUCAGGACUACAUUCAGUAUACUGUGCCUUUAGAUGAGGGAAUGUAUCCUUUGGAAGGAUCACGUAGUUACUGUUUGGAUAGUUCCUCACCCAUGGAGGUUUCGACGGUUUCUUCUCAAAUGGGUGGCAGUGCAUUUCACGAAGAAGAGGGUCCAGUGAGUCAAGAUGUAGUAGUUACCCCAGAUAUCUUUGUUGACCAGGCAGUGAGUGGUUUAUUAAUUGGUACCACCGGAGUCAUGUUGCAAAGCUCUAGAGUCAAUCACAGUGAUGUUCCUCCGCUCUCUCCAUUGCUACCUCCAAUACAGAAUAAUCAAAUCCAAAGGAACUUUAAUGGCCUAAACGCCACAGAUGUCCAUGUGGCUGAAAGUAUGCGUUGCCAUUUGAAUUUUGAUCCUAACUCUGCCCCUGGAGUUGGAAGAGUUUAUGAUUCUGUACAAAACAGUGGCCCUAUGGUUGUGACCAGCCUCACGGAAGAACUGAAAAAACUUGCAAAGCAAGGGUGGUACUGGGGCCCAAUUACACGAUGGGAAGCAGAAGGAAAAUUGGCCAGUGUUCCUGAUGGCUCGUUUCUUGUACGAGAUAGCUCUGAUGACCGCUAUCUUUUAAGUUUGAGUUUCCGUUCCCAUGGUAAAACUCUUCAUACAAGAAUUGAGCAUUCAAAUGGCAGAUUUAGCUUUUAUGAACAACCAGAUGUGGAGGGACAUACUUCUAUAGUUGAUCUCAUUGAACACUCCAUCAGGGACUCUGAAAAUGGAGCAUUUUGCUAUUCAAGGUCUCGAUUGCCUGGAUCUACAACUUACCCAGUCAGACUGACCAAUCCAGUAUCUCGUUUUAUGCAGGUGCGCUCGUUGCAGUAUCUGUGUCGCUUUGUUAUACGCCAGUAUACCAGAAUAGAUCUGAUUCAGAAACUGCCUUUGCCAAACAAAAUGAAGGAUUAUUUACAAGAAAAGCACUACUGA